GACCGGCGUGGUUCAAUGAUAGUUCGAUCGGAAUUAACGGAGGUUGUAAUUGGAUAUAAAAUUCUUAUCACGUCAAGUAAUGAAGUUGAUUUGAGAAUACGAGUAGAAGAUGAAUAUACAUAUUACACUGAUGGUGACCCGUUGGUCGUGGGUGCUAAAGUGAGGCUAAGGAAUCCGCAAAAGGGAAACGUUAUUGAAACCUACACGACCUCAAACAGAACAGAACUGCUGUUUGACGAUCUUGAAGAGGCAUACUACAAUUUACAUGUGAGUGCAGACAGACAUACGUCAUACAGUGCUGUCAUUCUGGCAUCUCCAGCUAACCCGAACAUUACAGUCUUCCUACAGAAAACGGC